AUGUCUCCACCAUCACAAGAAACCAUCACGCUCGCCGACUACGUAUUCACUCGUCUUCAUCAACUUGGCAUUCGAUCCGUGUUUGGCGUUCCUGGCGACUAUAACCUUCGGCUUCUGGAUUUUGUUGAGCCUGCAGGAUUGCACUGGGUUGGCAAUUGUAAUGAAUUGAACUCCGCAUACGCCGCUGAUGCCUACGCACGCAUUCAUGGUGUAAGUGCUCUAGUCACCACGUUCGGUGUGGGUGAGCUCUCAGCUGUCAAUGGGAUAGCCGGAGCAUAUGCAGAAAAAGCUCCCAUUAUCUCUAUCGUCGGCACACCAGCUAGAGCAACCCAAGAGGCUCGUACCAAUGUACACCAUACGUUCGCCGAUGGCGACUUUGAUCGCUUUGCGGCAAUGCACACACAUGUGACGAUCGCUCAGACAAACCUCCUGGAUCCUCGCACCGCUCCGGACCAGUUUGAUGUGACUGUACAACAGGCUUUGAUUCACAGUCGGCCAGUAUACAUCCAGAUCCCGGCCGACAUGGUAGACGUAAAGGUUCCUGCGGCCGGCCUGAAGUCUGAAAUAUCGCUACCUGCUGCCUCUGAUAGCGACAGCGAGUCAAGAGUUUCUAAGCGUAUUCUUGAGCUGAUGCACUCCGCCAAGAAGCCUCUGAUUUUUGUGGACGGUGAAAGUAGAUGCUUGGAUGUCCUAGAGGGAGUAAAUGAGUUGGUCAAGACUACAGGCUGGCCAGUGUGGACGUCACCCUUUGGUAAGGGUCUAGUUGAUGAGCAUUUGGCAAGCUUCCAAGGUAUAUACAACGCCGACUUGGGCAGUGAGGAUGCAAAGGCCUAUUUUGAGUCGUCCGAUCUUGCUCUGAUAUUCGGGCCUCACUUUAGCAGCACUAACACUGCUUUGUUCUCGACUAUACCGAAGCAAGCGAUCUCAGUAUCGUUCUCUGAACGACACGUCAAGAUCGGAAGCGACAUCACUCGUGAUAUAUCGAACAAAAAUCUGGUAGCAAGCCUCUUAAAGCAGCUAGAUCGCAGCAAGAUUUCAAAACCAGCAGGCCCCUCCAAAGAAAAUUCGGCACCUCCGUCUGUGGUAACCCUAGCUCUACCCACCCAGAAGGACUUUUAUCGUAUCAUCAAUCCUCUGCUCAAGCCUGGCGAUAUCGUCAUGGGUGAGACAGGCACGGCCUCUCAUGGAACUCGUGAUCUUGUGCUUCCUUCUGGAAGUUACUACUUCACCGCUGUUACUUGGCUUAGCAUCGGUUACAUGCUGCCAGCUGCCCUUGGAGCCGCAAUGGCGCAGCGCGACUCGAACAAAUGGAAGAAGAGAUCCGGCAGCACAAGCGACUCUGAAGACCGAGUGGUUCUGUUCAUUGGAGAUGGAAGUCUACAAAUGACCGUCCAAGAGAUCAGCACUAUGAUCAGGGAGAAGUUGAACAUUGUCAUUGUAGUCAUCAACAAUGAUGGCUACACCAUCGAACGUGUCAUUCAUGGGCGCAAGCAAACUUAUAACGACAUUGCUUCUUGGAGGUAUUUGCAAGCGCUGAACAUGUUCGGCGCCACAGAAGAGGAAGUUGCGAACAAUACAUUCUCGGCAAAAACUUGGGGCGAAUUAGAAGAGGCCAUGAAGUCAGACACGUUUAGAAGUGGGCAAGGCAUUCGAAUGUUAGAGGUGUUCAUGGAGCGUGAAGAUGCUCAGGGUUUCUUGUUGAAGCUUUUGAACAACCAAAAAGCUCGUGAGCAGUCGAAGAUGUGA